AUGGAUUUUUUAUCUUCGGAUGACUCCUACGAGGAAGUUUCGAUUUUUGAAAAUCAUAUGGGGAAAGUUAUUGCAAAGUACAACUUUCGUCAGAACCGGCAGGGUUUCACUAAGGAGAUUUAUGCAGUACCCAAUACCUUCGUAAUGCUAUUGAAAUCAGCUCUUCUCCCAGAGGGUUAUCCAGGUUCCGUCAGUAAAGAUUACCUUGAAUAUCAGAUUUGGGAUACAAUACAGGCAAUUGCAAGCAGCAUCACAGGAACGCUAGCCGGUCAGGCGGUGCUAAUUGGCGUCGGUGUUGGCAACGCUAGUGCGAGUGUCCUUGCCGCAACACUGACCUGGAUGUUCAAAGAUGGAGCGGGCAUGGUCGGCCGAAUUCUCUUCGCGGCCUGGGGCGGAAUCUUCGCCGACGUGCUGAACGAUCUAUCACUCCUUCUGGAACUCCUGUCGGUCCGAAUAUACUACCUAUUCACUCCGGUUGUGUGCUUCGCAAGUGUAAUGCGGGCAUUGGUUGGUAUGGUUGGUGGCGCUACACGGGCGGCAAUCACACAGCAUCAGGCAUUGGCUAACAACAUGGCCGACGUAGCAGCUAAAGACGGAAGCCAGGAAACGCUCUCCAACUUGGUGGCCCUCGCAGUCAAUUUCCUUCUUAUCACCAUAGUUACAGGAAAACCCGUACUAAUUUGGCUGGUCUUCGCUCUCCUGACGCCGCUCCACCUCUACGCCAACUGGCGAGCCGUGCGUUGUCUGCAAUUCGACACCCUGAAUCGCGCCCGUUUUCGCAUCCUCAUUGAGGAUUGGUUGAGGAAACACGACGAGAUGUCCGACCGACUGCCGCCUCUCCUCUCAGUGCGUGAGGUGAACCACCGUGAACCCAUCGUCUAUCCGUCUUGGGGAGAUUCUCGCGGCCGCACCAUCCACCUUGGGUGUUCGUUUGAAACCUUGACGCAAAUGAAGGACUGCAAACUUCAACCUCUGAUGGGCGUGUACGCGAAGGAAAAGUACAUACUCUACAGUCCCGAAUGGAAGUAUUCAGGCUACAGGGAGUAUCACCUGCCGAUCUAUAUUUGCCUUCACACCGACGCAGACACAAUGGACAUCUUCAAGGCCCUGUUCCACGCUGAAAUCGUCUGUGCUCUCUGCUACGAAGGCGCCGACUGUGAAAGCUUCAAGCAAUUCUGGGUUGGGGAUGAUGGUAUUGCAUUUUUCGCGUGGACUCUGGGUCGGGCGACCUUCUGGAUGACUCGGAUCUUGAAGUCCUUCAGCGAGCACAAUUCAAGGCGCGGGGAAGCCCAGUGGAGUCUCUCGUCGCUGCAAGUCGAUGCGAAACCUUGGCGGAUUCACCGAAAUCUCUACCGUGUCGCGGCACCCGAAGAAGUGUCAACAUCGAAGAAAUGUGCUUGA